AUGGGGCGUUUCCGGCGACGGCAAGAGAGUAUAAACGAAGAAGAUGAACUAAACGACGACGUUUCAUCGAGAAGAGGUAGAUUCAGCUUGGCCGAGUCGUUUCGUUGGCUCGAUUCUUCCGAACAUCGGAAUAUUGAUUCCGAUGGCCAUAACGAUCAUCGAUUUAUCAUUCAUCCCAAAAACAGGUGGUAUAAGGCAUGGGAACUGUUUAUAUUGUUGUGGGCAAUAUACUCCUCUUUGUUCACUCCCAUGGAGUUUGGUUUCUUCCGCGGUCUGCCUGAGAAUCUCUUUAUACUUGACAUUGUUGGCCAGAUCGCAUUCUUGGUCGAUAUUGUUCUUCUAUUCUUUGUAGCAUUCCGCGAUAGCCAGACCUACCGGACUGACUACAAACCGACACAUAUUGCUGUCCGGUACUUGAAGUCGAAUUUUUUCCUGGAUUUGGUCAGUUGUUGUCCCUGGGAUCUUAUCUACAAGGUAUCAGGGAAACACGAGCUGGUGAGGUACAUACUGUGGAUAAGAUUGUUUCGGGUGCGCAAAGUGAUUGAGUUUUUCCGAAGGCUUGAGAGAGACACAAGAAUUAACUAUCUCUUCACUAGAAUCUUGAAGCUUUUGUUCGUUGAAAUUUACUGCACUCACACAGCUGCUUGCAUCUUCUAUUACUUGGCCACCACUCUUCCUCCAGAAAACGAGGGCUACACAUGGAUCGGCAGUCUCAAGUUGGGAGACUACAGCUACGAAAACUUCCGAAAAAUCGAUCUUUGGAAACGUUACAUCACGUCUCUCUACUUCGCCAUUGUCACUAUGGCCACUGUCGGUUAUGGAGACAUACACGCGGUUAAUCUGAGGGAAAUGAUAUUCGUAAUGGUAUAUGUUUCGUUCGAUAUGGUUCUCGGUGCAUACUUGAUCGGUAACAUCACUGCUUUGAUUGUGAAAGGAUCAAACACAGAGAGAUUUAGAGAUAAAAUGAAUGAUCUCAUUAGUUUCAUGAACCGCAAAAAGCUCGGGAGACGCAUUCGUAGUGAGAUAACAGGUCAUGUGAGAUUGCAGUACGAUAGUAACUAUACCGACACUAUAAUGCUUCAAGACAUCCCAGCCUCAAUCCGUGCAAAGAUUGCGCAAUCGUUGUACUUGCGUUACAUUAAGAAAGUCAAUCUUUUCAAAGGCUGCUCUUCGGAGUUUAUUAACCAGAUAGUUAUAAGACUCCAUGAAGAGUAUUUUCUUCCAGGAGAAGUAAUAACAGAGCAAGGAAACGUCGUGGAUAAUUUGUAUUUCGUUUGUGAAGGCUCAUUGGAAGCUCUUGUUACAAGAACAGAUGGAUCAGAAGAGAUUGUGACAGCUCUUGGACCUCACGAUACGUUUGGAGAUAUCUCCAUCAUUUGCAACAUCUCUCAACCUUUCACCGUUCGGGUUUGCGACCUAUCUCAUCUUUUACGCCUAGAUAAACAGUCUUUCUCUAACAUCCUCGAGAUAUAUUUCCAAGACGGACGCAAAAUCUUGAACAAUCUUAUGGAGGGGAAGGAUUCGAAUGAGAGGAUAAAAAAGCUAGAAUCUGAUGUUAUGAUUCACAUUGGGAAACAAGAAGCAGAGCUUGCAUUGAAAGUAAACAGUGCUGCUUUCCAAGGAGAUUUUUACCAGCUUAAGAGCUUAAUCCGCGCUGGUGCCGAUCCUAACAAAACAGAUUACGAUGGAAGAUCACCGCUUCAUCUUGCAGCAUGUAGGGGAUACGAAGAUAUUACAUUGUUUCUUAUUCAAGAAGGUGUGGAUAUCAAUCUAAAAGAUAAAUUCGGGAAUACGCCAUUGUUAGAAGCUGUGAAAGCAGGGCACGAAAGAGUGAUUGGUUUGCUUGUCAAAGAAGGAGCUUCUUUUGAUUUAGAAGAUUCGGGAAACUUCCUUUGUACAGCAGUUGUGAAAGGCGACUCUGACUUUCUCAAGAGAUUGCUCUCAAGCGGUAUGGACCCAAACACUGAAGAUUAUGAUCACAGAACGCCGCUUCAUGUCGCUGCUUCUGAAGGCUUAUACUUGAUGGCUAAGAUGCUGGUUGAAGCAGGAGCUAGCGUUGUCGCUAAAGACCGGUGGGGAAAUUCUCCGCUCGAUGAAGCCCGAAUGUGUGGAAACAAGAAAUUGAUUAAGCUACUCGAAGAUGUGAAAACCGCUCAGUCGUCUGUCUACCCGUCAAGCUCUCAUCAACUACAAGAGAAGAGAAUUGAGAGGCGAAAAUGCACUGUUUUCCCAUACCACCCGCGCGAGGCGAAAGAGGAGCGUAAUAGAAAGCACGGAGUUGUGGUUUGGAUCCCGAGCGAUCUCCAAAAACUUGUAGAAACCGCUGCGCAAGAGCUCGGGCUAUCGAAUGAAGGCUCCUUUGUGAUAUUAUCAAAAGACGAAGGUCGUUUCACAAACAUUGAUAUGAUCAGUGAUGGGCAGAAAUUGUAUUUGACCAGUGAUAGCACUGAUCAAACAUAG